ACCUCUUUGUGCGAGUGCAGUUUGCGCGCGCGCAUGUGUGUCACUUCGUUCGUACCUCAACAGCAAUUUGGUGACAACUUCUGUUGCGUUAUACGUUGCUAGUUAUAUUGCUCGAGCGACUUUCUACAGCAAGGGCUGCGUGGAGCAAACCAUCAGAGUGAAGGCUUUUAUUUUUGAGUUAGCGGAGCGCAUCGGUCUUCUGCUCGGGCGAAGAGAGACGAGACUCCUUUGGUAUUCUCCUUCUACGACUUCUAAACGGGACCCUGUGGUUGAGUCUGCUGAAGAACAUAUAGGAGAAUCCUGUGGAGUCUGUCUUCUCUUAACCCAGCAUGAGGCAGCACACAGUUUCUCUCACUGUUGCACAGCUCCUGUAGCUCAGAGAUGCAGCACAUGUCACAAAGAGAGAAUUCUGGCUUUUUGCAGAUGUUAUGAGCAACCGUUGCACUUGGUGAGCUGCAGUCCCAGACAAGCCAAUGAGAGGAUGGCCAGACGUCACAUGGUCUCCAGAGCUGCCAUCCAGCUGGUUCUGCUGAUUCCGCUCAGUGUGCUGGAGCUCACAGAGUCAUAUACUCCACCUCGCUUUACUCAGACGCCCAUUGAUCAGACAGGUGUGCAAGGGGGUGUGGCCUCCUUUGUGUGCCAGGCAACAGGAGAGCCACAGCCCAGAAUCACCUGGAGCAGGAAAGGCAAAAAAGUCACCAGUCAGAGAUUUGAGGUGAUUGACUUUGAGGACGGCUCCAGUUCAGUCCUCCGCGUGCAGCCCCUUCGUACCCCCCGCGAUGAAGCCAUCUAUGAGUGCGUAGCGUCCAACACAGUUGGCGAGAUCAGCAUCUCCACCCGCCUCACCGUCCUCCGCGAGGACCAGCUCCCUCCUGGCUUCCCAACCAUAGAUAUGGGCCCUCAGCUGAAAGUGGUGGAGCGUUCCCGCACCGCCACCAUGCUGUGUGCAGCCAGUGGCACCCCGGACCCUGAGAUCACCUGGUUUAAGGAUUUCCUUCCCAUCAGUACGCAUGCUCACGGGCGAAUCAAACAGCUGCGUUCAGAGUCCUUUGGGGGUACACCAAUCAGAGGUGCACUGCAAAUUGAUCAGAGCGAGGCGAACGAUCAGGGGAAAUACGAAUGUGUCGCUACAAACAGUGCUGGAACACGGUAUUCUACACCUGCCAACCUGUACGUCAGAGAACUUAGAGAUGUGCGACGUGUCCCACCACGGUUCUCAGUCCAGCCGAUGGAUUAUGAGAUUAUGCCCGGGGGUGGAGUCAACAUCACAUGUCAGGCAGUGGGUGUGCCUAUGCCAUAUGUGAAGUGGAUGCUGGGAACAGAGGAUCUGACCCCAGAGGAGGACAUGCCAAUCGGGAAGAAUGUGCUAGAGCUCUCAGACGUCCGUCAGUCCGCCAACUACACUUGCGUAGCCAUGUCCACUCUUGGGGUUAUCGAAAGUGUUGCACAGAUCACUGUGAAAGCUCUCCCAAACCCUCCAGGAGCCCCUGUUGUGAUGGAGCGCUCUGCCACCAGUAUAACUUUGAUGUGGGACAGCGGAAACCCACUUCCCAUUUCCUAUUACAUCAUCCAGCACCGUCCCACCUCCUCCCGCGACCACUUCAAGGAAAUCGACUUUGUGGCAACAACGCGGUACAGCGUAGGGGGCCUCAGCCCCUACUCUCAUUAUCACUUCCGGGUGAUAGCCGUGAACUCUAUUGGGCGCGGACCACCAAGCCCCACAGUGGAGGCACGGACAGCCGAGCAAGCCCCUAGCUCGCCGCCACGUAGGGUCAGGGGUCGCAUGCUUAGCAUCUCCACUGCGAUGGUGCAAUGGGAGGAGCCAGAGGAGGCGAAUGGGCAAGUGGUUGGCUACAGGGUGUAUUACACGUCAGAUUCAGCCCUGCCUGUCAGCCAGUGGGAAAAGGAAAUUGUUCGUGGGGCAAAUUUCUUGACCAUACAAGACAUGACGCCAAAUAAAACCUAUUACAUUAGAGUCCUGGCUUUCACAGCUGUUGGAGAUGGACCUCUCUCUAAUGACCUGCACAUUAUUGCCAAAACAGGAGUUCCUUCGCAGCCCACUGAGCUGAAAGUGGAUGUGAAGUCCGAAACAAGCAUCCUGCUCUCCUGGCUCCCACCAGCUCACAGUGGCACUGACACUAUCACUGGAUACGAGCUCAUCUUCCGGCUUGGUGACCAAGCAGAGCAGAAUCUCCAUGUCCUGCAGAAGGUCUACUUUGAUCCGAGCUCCAGCUACCUUCUGAAGAACCUUAAGCCGUUCUCCACCUAUGUUAUGCAGCUGGCGGCCCGUAGCAAGCAUGGUGUGGGCGCCUUCACCGGGGAGCUCACUGUGCAGACUCCGCAAACACUGUUUGCUGUAAACUUUCGCGUGAAAGCAGCUAUGAAGAGUUCAGUACUGCUGGCCUGGGAACCAAGAACUCCCCCAAACAAGGCCCAGACUUUCAUUAUCACAUAUGGAGAUGGCAAGACCAUAGAGGUAGAUGGCCGGCUCGGCCAGCAGCUGCUCAGUAAGCUGAAGCCGCAGUCACUUUACUCCUUCCUGCUGACCAGCAAAGCCGAUGGCACCGGAGGCCUGCAGCACCGUGCGGAGGCCAUGACAGCUCCAGACCUGCUUCCUGGCAAACCCCAUUUGCUGGAAAAGGCCAGCUCGCAGAGCACAGCCACAGUGCAACUCCCAAGUGUGCAGGGACAAGCUAAUGCCAGGGGCUUCUACAUCGUCGUUGUCCCACUUAAGAGGCAGAGAGGUGGAAACUUCCAGAAUCCUUGGAGUGAACCAGAUGAAAUGAAUCUGGAUGACCUGCUGAGAGAGAUUAACGGCACGGGGCGAUCGGCACGUCUGCGUAGGCAAGCCGAGCCAAAGGCAUACAUCAGUGCCCACUUCCAGAACCUUCCAUCUGAGUUCAAGCUAGGAGAUAGACGUGUGUACGGAACGUUCCUGAACCGACAACUUCUCACUGGGCAGGAGUAUGUGUGCUUCGUGCUGGCUAUCUUGGAGCUGGGGCAGAAUACCGUGUUCUCAACCAGCCCAUUCUCCGAACCAGUGGCAUUCACUGACAUGGAACCACAGCCAAUUGUGGAUGAGGAGGAGGGUCUUCUCUGGGUGGUGGGGCCAGUGCUGGCUGUCAUCUUCAUCAUCAGCAUCGUCAUCCUCAUCCUCCUUUUUAAGAGCAAGCCAGACAGGAAACGGACAGACUUGGAGGGCAGGAAGUGCAGCUUCCCGAGCAGCAGUAAAGCCAUGAGCUCCCAGCAUCCCUCUGACCCUGUGGAGCUACGCAGAAUCAACUUCCCCACACCUGGUUUGCGCUCGUCUGGUUAUCGCCGGUUACCAAGUAUGGCGAGCCAUCCACCAGUCACUAUCUCGGAACUACCCAAUUACAUAGAGAGGAUGAAAGCCAAUGAAAAUUUGAGGUUUUCUCAAGAGUAUGAGUCUAUUGACCCUGGGCAGCAGUUCUCAUGGGACCACUCCAACCUGGAGAUAAACAAGCCAAAGAACCGUUAUGCUAAUGUCAUUGCCUACGACCACACCAGAGUUGUACUCUCGAGCUGCGAAGGUCAGCCAAGCAGUGACUAUAUCAAUGCCAACUUCAUCGAUGGCUACCGGCGGCAGGGAGCAUACAUUGCCACCCAGGGGCCGACGCCUGAGACCAUCAGUGACUUCUGGAGGAUGGUGUGGGAGCAGCAUACAGCCAACAUCAUCAUGAUCACCAAACUAGAAGAGAAGUCCAGGAUGUCCUCCUACUUCUUCUCCAAGAAUAAGUGUGAUCAGUACUGGCCCAGCAGAGGCUCAGAGACAUAUGGACUGAUGCAGGUCUCCGUGCUGGACACUGUGGAGCUCGCCUCGUACUGCGUCCGGACCUUUGCCCUCUUUAAGAGUGGCAGCGUAGAGAAGCGAGAGGUCCGGCAGUUCCAGUAUACAGCAUGGCCGGACCAUGGUGUCCCUGAACACCCGACCCCCUUCCUGGCCUUUCUCCGCCGGGUCAAAGCCUGUAAUCCUCCGGAUGCUGGCCCAAUCGUCAUCCACUGCAGUGCGGGCGUGGGUCGCACGGGCUGCUUCAUUGCCAUCGACGCCAUGCUGGAGCGUGUCAGGCAGGAAAAGACGGUUGACGUGUAUGGGCAUGUCACACUCAUGCGCUCCCAGCGUAACUACAUGGUGCAGACGGAGGAGCAGUACAUCUUCAUCUAUGAUGCACUGUUGGAGGCGGUGGCUUGCGGCAACACUGAGGUGCCUGCCCGCAGCCUCUAUGCCUACAUCCAGAGGCUGGCGCAGGCUGAACUGCCCGACAACAUCAGCGGCAUGGAGCAGGAGUUCAAAAGGUUAGCCAACGCAAGGGCACAUAACUCCCGAUUUGUGAGUGCCAAUCUGCCCUGCAACAAGUUCAAAAACCGACUGGUCAACAUUAUGCCCUACGAGACCACACGAGUUUGUCUGCAGCCCAUCCGUGGGGUGGAAGGCUCCGACUAUGUCAAUGCCAGCUUUAUAGAUGGCUACAGGCAGCAGAGGGCAUACAUUGCCAGUCAGGGCCCACUGGCUGAGACAGCGGAAGACUACUGGAGGAUGCUGUGGGAGCACAAUUCCACCAUUGUGGUGAUGCUUACCAAACUCCGUGAGAUGGGACGGGAGAAGUGCCAUCAGUACUGGCCUUCUGAACGCUCAGCACGCUACCAGUACUUUGUUGUGGAUCCCAUGGCUGAGUACAACAUGCCACAAUAUAUCCUGAGAGAGUUUAAAGUUACUGAUGCCAGGGAUGGCCAGUCCAGAACGGUUCGGCAGUUCCAGUUCACUGAUUGGCCGGAGCAAGGUGUGCCAAAGUCUGGAGAAGGCUUCAUCGAUUUCAUUGGCCAAGUGCACAAAACAAAAGAGCAGUUUGGUCAGGACGGGCCAAUAACCGUACAUUGCAGUGCUGGUGUUGGGAGGACAGGUGUGUUUAUCACUUUGAGUAUAGUGUUAGAGAGGAUGCGUUAUGAGGGAGUAGUCGACAUCUUCCAAACUGUUAAAAUGCUGCGAACACAAAGACCAGCCAUGGUGCAAACAGAGGAACAGUACCAGUUUUGCUACCGUGCAGCACUGGAAUACCUGGGCAGUUUUGAUCACUAUGCAACAUAAUGUUUCUGCUUUCUGUGGACCACCAGGACAUGUUUCUCUCAUUACCCCCAUGCUGAGUCACUGUCUCCCAGUGCCAUUGUCUUUACAAUGUCUGUGCAGUAUACUGUGACACUGAAUCCUUGGGUGAUAAAAGAUUUCCUGCUUCAGUUUAAGGUGGCUCUGAAUUGAUUUCAGCCCAAUUUAUCAAACUCAUUACUGAAGAUAAUCCAGCUUUGUAGUUUGUAGAUCUGGUUGUUCAGAAAGCACAAAUAUAAGAUGGAGAUACAAUGAAAAAUCUUGUGUGUGACAGGGUGGAUCUACUAAAGUCUUUACAGUACAGAACUAAUUUGUCUAAGUUGUCUGGAUUGGUUGAACAGUUGCUAUAGACUCUGUGGACAAAGUGCCCGGGAGACAGGUAGUCAAACUUAAUUAAUCAAAAACAUUGUGUAAAGUAUUUUUAAAUGAAUUUAGCCACAAUUAGUUACAUCACCAAUUGUAGCGUGGACAUUACCAAGUCACUUUCUGCUGUGACCGAAAAGAGACUGGGACUAAUAUUUAAUCACAGAAAUUUUGGGGGGCACUGUUUCAGCCUACACACCGAGACACAUGAAACGGAGGACCAUUAGCAGUGUUACGUUCAAAUGCUGUGCAAUAAGGAAUAUAAAAAAAGAACCCAGACUGAUAAAUUCACAGAGUAAUUUUAUCAUUUGUUGAAUCAUAAAUUAAACUGUGUGUAUCUAUAUAUACACACACACACACACACACACACACACACACAAAUCUUGAUAUGUGCUUAUAUAAUGUCAAGAUUCAAAUGUGUGGCACUAAAUUGUGCACACAUGCCAACGACAUCCUCUGAUAGAGAAACAGCUGCUUUUAUUUGAAUGUUAUUUCUUUGUUUUGUUUUGGGUUUUUUUUGCUUCACUUGAAAUGACCAAAUUGAGAAAGUUUUGAAAUUCACCUCAUCAAAACCUGUAUGAUGACAUGUUCAAUACAUCAACACAGAUGGCCAGUUCAGCAGUAUUAGUGCCUUAUCAUAGUUUUAAACAUUUUAAAUUGUUUAGUGUUUGAUUCACUAUCAUUUAUGUCUAGCUGCAUUUUAUGAUUUUGAACAUAUUUAAACUAUAAAGAAUAAUUCCAUGGGCCACUGAAAAUCAUAAUGUUUCUAUAAUCCUUUCUUCUUAUAAUAACAUGCACACAAUAGUAGUACUUUUUUUUACAAAGCCAUAUUGAUCAGCCCAAGUUUCAGCAGCCACGGCCUUUAUGAAUUGUUUCUACUUAUUGUAUAUGCAUGUACAUUUUUAGAAAGACUCAAAUAUUAGCCCCUAUUCAUGAAUUUUGAAAAGCACUUGUAUUUGAUAUAGUAACAUGUUUUAUUUUUCAUUUCAGAGGCAAUGUGAACAAAUUAGUAAACUCUUACACUUUUUCAUUUUUAUGCCUUAUUUGGAAAAUUGUACUCGUUCUAUGUUUUUGCUUCUUGGGGAGUGCUCAGUGUUUAAAAACAAAAUAGUGAGGUGCUGUGUUAUCCUUUUGUUUUGGACUUGUUUACUUUAUGGGCAUUUUCACAUAAGAUGUUUAAUAGUUUAAAAGGGAUUCUUGGGGUUUAAGUUUUCUCCUAUAUAGUUUCCAAUAAGAAGUAAACCUUUCAUUGAUAACAGUGAACAAUGAUCAGCUAAAUGAUUUUUGAUUCUCAACAAGUAUCUUAAGGACCUCUCAGGUCAUUCACCUUUAAUCUCAGAAAAAAAUUUAUUUUAAUGUUUUUUGAAUACUAAAUUAUUUUUUGCCAAUCAGUUGCCCAGCAAUCUAUUAGUACCCCACAAAGAUCUGCUGUGACCCCAUUUAGCAAAAACCUUUCAUUGCAGAUUAGGGGUCCAAGCACCCCAGGAACCAGCUAUCGAUAUGUGAAAAUGCUCUUAGCGUCUCUGUUCUUGACAGUGGCCAUGGUGUUUUCCACACUAGGGAACAGCCUCUUUGGCUUUUGGGAAGUGUCUGCACUCUUGUUCUAUGCACUAACCCUUAUUAAUUCUUCAGCACGGAAUGUUACUUAUGCCGUCUGAGAAAAAAAUAUCACUGUAUUGCUCACAGUGUGUGCAUGUUGAGCUCUAAAAUGACUAUCUAUUGGUGUCAAAGUUUAAAGAGAAUAUACACUUGUAGUGUUAGCAUUUAAUGUUUUACAGGUGACAGGAUGGUGCGAGAGAGGCUCUUGCUCUAAAUUCUCUGUCAGGAUUACAGUAAUUAAAAGAGUGGACAUACCAUUUGCAAUGAAUAAAUGAAUGAAUGUUAUACGUGGAGCCAAAGGUUCAGUUGAUUUAAUUUAAACAUUCUGUGUGGCUCCUCUGUAACAUGUAUGACAAUACUGUCCUCCUCUAAUCUUCUACUGCAUUUGAGGCAUUUCUCUGUAUUUCUGCAGUUGAAAUUAACACGUUUAUAAUGACUAAAGUUCUAAAUUGCAAAAACUCUACCAUUUGCCUUUGAAAUUAGACUAAUAUAAUGGUGUGGUUUCAUCAUACAAGUUUGUUUCUUUGUUUUUAUAUAUUGCCAAUCUUGGUUGUUUAUUUAGCAUUAGUUGGCUUUUCAUUUCUGUCUCCCAUGCUGUCUGAAAUGUGGAUACACUCUUUGGCUUAUUUGUGAAACUGAUGCUUUACCUAGAAAUAUACCUUCACAGCCAACAGUCUAUGUGACCAAAUAUGCAUUUUACUGCCAAUUUCACAUUGUCAAAUGUUAAUGGAAGAGUUUCUGUAAUUUUACUUGUCAGUUAAUGUGAACACAAGGAAGGCCUGUCUAUGAUCAUUUACCUCUGAUUUCGUAGGAAAUGUAAAUAUUUUAGAGAAGUACUCAAGAUUUUUUAAUUUUCCUACUUAUGUUGUAAUGACUGACUUGUGUGAGAAUACAGUGGUAUUCAUGGAGCUCUUUAUUUGUUACAAAUAAAUUGGGAAGAAAUGUGUGAGCA